AUGGAUGAGCAGUAUAGAUGUGCAACAGAAGAGGAGGAACCGAAUCAAGCCUCAUCACCUGAUUACUCAAACAAUGACAUUGAAUCGGCGGACAUGGCGAUUCGCCGACAAUUGAGACAGAUGGAUGAGCAGUAUAGAUGUGCAACAGAAGAGGAGGAACCGAAUCAAGCCUCAUCACCUGAUUACUCAAACAAUGACAUUGAAUCGGCGGACAUGUCCAAUCCUAGCUCCUCGACUCCUAUGACUGUCGACCACACGGGUGAUGUAGAGUACCACGACUCGGCCAGCAUGGUUGCGUCCAUUGGAGAAUAUCCCUCUGGUGAACUUGACGAAAUUCCUCUGUCCGAAGAACUCCGUUGCGACAUGACAAAUAUGGAAGACCUAGAUGAUGUAGAUAGUCUCUUUGGAAACAUGAUAGAUUCCACGCAGGUUGAAACACCUUACGGCAAAGAAUUGCAGACUGUUGACUAUUCCCUUAUUUUAUCGGAGAAUGGUAACAACAUUAUUUUGACACCAGAAGAAGAAAAUAAGAGAAUAAAUCGACAAAAGAAGGAUAAUCAUAACAUAAUUGAACGACGGCGACGGUAUAACAUAAACGACAAAAUCCAAGACCUGGCCGCCCUCCUUCCUGCCAGUAUCCCUCCAGCCCUAAAGCAGAACAAAGGAUCUAUUUUGAAGACGUCUGUGGACUAUAUGACGGAACUCGUAAAGGACAGACAAAGGAUUCAAACGCUGGAGGAAAACCAGAAAAGGACGGACUCCAAGUGUCAGAAAAUGUCCAUCAAACUUUUUGAAUUGGAAUUGAAAUUGAAACUGUAUGGGUUGUCAGAAGACCUGGAUACGUGUAGCUGCAGAGUUCAGAAAGAGAAAAAGCCUACAAAACGUUUAUUAGAAAUAAAUACCAUGGUGGAGGAGCUGAUAAAAGAAAAUAUGCCGGAAUCUUCCCCAAAAAGGGAGAAUAAACCAACACCUCCAUGCAAGAAGAAGAAAGGAGAGAAAGCGAUCCAUGUUCCUAAUCUCAAUCAAGAUGCAAAAAAUGGCUUACGACAACACCUCAAUAGGAAAAUGUCGACGGGAGGACACGCGCCAAUAAAUGACGGCUCAUCCUUUAAACGAGCGACUGAUCAGGGUCGGCGUGAACGCAGCGUUCAAAGUCCCCCGUCACUCGAUAAUGAGAGCGAUGGUCAACUGGGAAACCCGCGUGAGGCAGCCUCCCAGCUGAACGUAUUGGGAAAGGACAACAAUACCCAGCAUGGUAUAAAAGAGGGGGAACAAAUAAUUGAGCUGUCGUCAGACCAGUGCAACAUCUUACUCGAGCUGUUUGAGAGCCAUGGAAACGGAACUGAACCAGUGCUAAGUACCGGUGUUCCACCUCAGUCGAAUGCCUCUGCGAAACAAGAGCACUUGUCGCCAGAAACUUCAACCAGCAACGUGUUGGAAAGAUUACUACGAGGGUCGGACAAGCCGUCUGCUAACUGUUCUGAUUCCAAUGGACUGGAGGACUCCACAGAGAGCAUGAUUAUAUAAAGAACGAGAGAUAUCUUAACUUUGUUUCA